ACGUGCGAAUUUUACAGGAAGGCUAGCGCAGGAUGGCGGAAGCCCAUUCGGCUGUCGCAUUCAGCUUCUCGAUAACACACGAAGGAUGGGACGUGAACUUCGAUCGAGAGGUGCUCCACUUGGUCUGGCUCUCCGGUAUACGCUCGUGGAAAAAGAGAUUCUUCCGGUUUCAGAACAAUCUGAAAAGCGGCGUUUAUCCGGCUUCUUUGGAGAGCCUAUGGGUGACUGUGAUUUUAGUUACGGCGAUACACUUUGCUGGUUACAAGGUUCCGUAUGACCUCGUUGGGAGAGUUUCGCCGUAUCUUUCUGGGUCCUCGAUACUCGCGCACCUGGCAGGCUCCUUCGUGGUCGCGCUCUUUCUGUGGUUGGCGGUGAUAUACGCGAUUCGGUAUACGUUGAAGUUGUUGCUCAUGUACAAAGGAUGGAUGUACGAUCCGAGAGGAAAAGGUCGUAAACCGUCCAAGUUGAACCAAGUCUGGCUGCUGCUGGUGAAAGUGUUCUCAGGUUGGCAUAAGCCCAUGCUGUACAGCUUCCAAGGAUCACUGCCACGAUUGCCGCUACCGACAGUACCUGAAACUAUGAAGCGGUAUCUGAGGAGCGUACGGCCGUUGGUCGAUGACGAGAAUUACGCUCGCAUGGAAAGGCUGGCCAACGAGUUCCAGGACGGCAUCGGAGUCAAGCUGCAGCGUUACCUAGUCCUCAAAUCUUGGUGGACCACCAACUAUGUGUCCGAUUGGUGGGAGGAGUAUGUUUAUUUGCGCGGAAGAUCGCCCCUAAUGGUCAACUCGAAUUUCUACGGAAUUGACGCCAUCCUUGAGCAUCCCACGAACGUGCAAGCCGCGCGAGCCGCAGCCGUAAUAUAUUCCUGCUUACAAUAUAGACGUCUUAUCGAGCAUCAAGAAUUAGAACCGAUCCUAGUACAAGGGAUAGUACCAUUGUGUUCUUGGCAAUACGAAAGAGUGUUUAAUACUACACGAAUCCCAGGAAUUGAAGUUGACAAGAUCGUGCAUUACCAGGAUACUAAACAUGUUAUAGUGUAUCAUAAGGGCAGAUAUUUCAAAGUUUUAAUUUAUUACCGUAAUAGAAUUCUUCAAGCCUGCGAGAUAGAACUCCAGAUUCAACAAAUUUUGGAUGAUGAUUCAACACCGUCGGAGGGAGAGGAGAAAUUGGCUGCUUUAACAGCUGGUGAGAGAACUGCCUGGGCACAGGCCAGGAAAGACUUCUUCGCGAAGGGUGUAAAUAAGGCUUCUUUGGAUAUUAUCGAGAAGGCUGCAUUUGUGGUCGCAUUGGACGAUGAACCUUAUGAAUACGAUCCAAAACAUCCAGAAAAAUUGGACCGUUAUGGUAGGAUCCUGUUACAUGGAAAAGGGUACGAUCGGUGGUUCGAUAAAUCUUUUACGCUGUGCAUUGGAAGUAACGGCAGAAUUGGCUUCAAUGCAGAGCAUUCUUGGGCAGAUGCUGCAGUCAUGUCGCACUUAUGGGAAUACAUAGUAUGUUCGGAGUUUCUGGACCGACAAUAUAAAGAUGGACAUAAUGCGGGUACUCCGGAAUUUACACCUCCAGCGCCAAAUCGAUUGCAAUGGGAUUUAAGUGGCAAAUGUAUCGAAGCUAUCGAACAAUCUCAUCAGGUAGCGCAAAGUAUACUAAAUGACGUUGAAUUACGUAUUUAUGUGCACGACGCUUACGGGAAAGGUUUGAUGAAGGCUCAUUCCAUAUCACCGGACGCUUAUAUACAAAUGGCGUUACAAUUGGCGUACUACCGCGACGCCGGCAAGUUUAAUUUAACUUACGAAGCUUCCAUGACGAGAUUGUUCCGCGAAGGUAGAACAGAAACGGUCAGACCAUGCACCAUUGAAUCUUCUAAGUGGGUGAAAGCAAUGGAGGAUGAAACAAUGACGGUAACGGACAAAGUCAAGUUGUUAAUGGAUGCGGUAGCAAACCAUCAAAGAAGUUACCAAGAUGCUAUGUGUGGCAAAGGAAUAGAUAGGCACCUGUUCUGUUUAUAUGUAGUUUCGAAGUACUUAGAAGUAGAUUCGCCAUUUUUGAAGGAAGUUCUAAGCGAGCCAUGGAGAUUGUCAACAUCGCAAACUCCACACGGCCAAACUUCGAGAUUGGAUUUGAAGAAGUAUCCUAAUUGCAUUUCAGCUGGUGGUGGAUUUGGUCCUGUGGCCGAUGACGGCUACGGCGUUUCUUAUAUAAUUGCGGGAGAAGAUCUUUUAUUUUUCCACGUUUCUAGUAAAAUAUCUUCGUCGAAAACGGAUUCCAGCAGAUUUGCAAAGCAAAUUGAGAAAGCUCUUGGCGAUAUGAAAGACUUGCUAGAACAAAAAAAGAAAAUACAUCAGAACGGAUCUGCGUAACUUAUUCAUUACCUGUAGCAGUGCAAAAGUAAUUAUAAACUACGCAACGAAGCGGAAUUUAUAGCUUCCUAUAACUUUUCUUGACUUAUGAGAGGAUUUAACAAUGUAAACAUAAUUUAAUGCUUAAAAUAUAAUUUUCUUAAGGCAGUUUGUUUCAUAGGCAAUUAUUUUGGUAGAUAAAGAUUACAGGAAAGAGAAUAAUGGGCCCAAAAUUUAAGAUAUGUUAUAAGCAUUGCACAUAUAGCAAUAGAUUUUUAUAGGAUUCAUUUCAUGUUUGUCAUAUAUAUAAUUAUCAUAAAUAUCAUCUUUAUUAUUAUAUAAUCAUUUAUAAACUGACCAUUUAUGCGUGAUUUAUUAACAAUAUUGCGCAGCAGAGAUGUGCAUAAAAGUAUGUACAAGUACCAAUCUUCAUUUGCAGUACAAUAUUGCAAAAUAAAGAAAAUAUUUUACAUUAAUGUGACUACAGGAACAUAAAAAUACUUCUUAAAACUGUUGAGACUUUUCACCCGUGAUAUAAAAAAGUGUGUUAUCAAAGUUAAAAUUUUUAGAUAUUGAUAACUAAAUUUCGAAAGAUUUAUUAUGAGUGUAUAUAUUAUCACAUUGCAUAUCUGCUGCGAGUUUAGAAGUGGUUUAACAAUUUCAUUUAAUAAUUUCAUAUAUAUAUAUAUAUAUAUAUAUAUGUACUAUAUCCUAUCACAUAAUUUAGCAUCAGAGUGAUUUGUAUACAAUGCAAUUUAAGCAUAUGAGAAAUUUUUUUUUCUCCAAAAGUAUGCACAAAUGGUAGAAAAGUAUUGCCUGUAUCUUAAUGCGAAAAGACAUCUCGGUCUGUAUCAGUCUCGUCAAUUCAAUACCCGACGAGACAGGGAUGUGCAACUACGAAUAUGUGAUUACUCUUUCUUUUUUAAGCAAACGUUUAAGCGAUGCCAUAUAUUAAUAUGUGCAACUUAUCAAUGCAAAAUAUUUUAACUGUAAGUAAUUACUAAUUGUAAGCGAUUUUAUACUUAGAAGGAAAGUGUGCGAUUACAUUCUUCUACCACGUACGUUUGUUAAAAGUAUAUUUAAAGAUAUUGGUGCUUUUAAACCUUGUUGUUAUUAUAUUCGGUGGUGUUACAAUUAAACAUUAUUGAGAUAUUUAAGGGCGUAAGAGAGAGAUGUGAAAUGCAAGAUGAUAAGAUAGGGAUAUACGUAACAUUUUUGUACACUUAAUUUCAUCUUUGUAUAUUUCAUGGAAGUUCUGAUAAUGAUUGUAGAGAUUAGAUAUGCAAAUGUACAAUAGAAUUUUGUCUGUUCUACAAAGCAAUUCUGACACGAUUGUACAUACAACUUCUAUGGGAAUUACGACUAUUAGAAAUUGGCAGGAGAUAGACUGAAAGAUCUAAAAUGUGCUUACUAAUCUAAAGCGAAGUAUGUAAAAUAUUUUAAAUAUUGGCAGGAAAAGAAACACUAUCAGAUAUAUUUGCAAAGCAUUCGAAAUAUUUUUGUACAAUAUCGAUAAUCGAUCAGUGAAAUUCAUUUUAUAUACCGUUUAUUGGAAUAUUUAUAUAGAAUUCUUUUUUAUUGCAUACAAAAAUAUGUAAUAUUCGAUCGUAAUGUCAAUGUACUGUAAUAGAAUAAAUAAAAAUAACUACAGUCGUUUACUUUAGCAACAA